AUGCAGAACAAGUGCAGAAACAAUGCCAAUGCAGUGCAAGAAUCUGACAACGAGACCAGAAUCAGGCAACCAGUCCGGAUUGGCUCGUCCGUGGUGAUUGAGAAAGAUACAUGCUUGGCCACGACAUUCAAAUCGGAGCGUUUGCCCCACGUGCCAGGGCAAAAAUUGCUCCGCAUUGUCCGCGUCGACAAAAUCAGCGUCCCCAAAGGCUCUCAAUCAGAAUCAGAAAAAGUGCUCGCUGCGUCAAAGAUUCGAUUUGCAGUCACCUGUUUCGUCAGAGCUGCUGAGACAAACAGUUGUUCUAUGGAAACACCUACAAAUCUGCUGCACUUGUCUUCUUACCAAACCGAGAUUUCUGGUGCACUCUUUGUCUCAGUGGUGAACGUGUUAUUUCUUCCUACCCUAGAAGUUAAGUACAUUGAUGACGUUGACCAAUACGGAAUGGCGACAUACGUCUGCAAUGGAAUGCUCGACUUGCAAAACCAAAAACUUUCGAAGAUUGGUAGCGCCAUUUCGUCACUCAAGAGUGUUCCUCCUGCUAUCCAAAGGAAGCCACUCCGAUGUCUUGAUCUCUUUGCAGGAUGCGGUGGAUUGACCCUCGGAUUGGAAAUGAGCAAACUGACUUCCAGCCUGUGGGCACUUGACUCAGAUCCUAUCGCAUGCAAAACUUUUGCGGAGAAUUUCCAACAUGCCACAGUUUUCCAAGCAACUGCAACAGAUUGGUUAAAGGAGCUGAGAAGUGGCCAACUGCUAUCAAAGAAGGGUCAAAGACUGCCGCAACGCGGCGAUGUAGAAAUGAUCGUAGGUGGCCCUCCGUGUCAGGGAUUUUCACACCUAAAUCGAUUCAAGACAAGCAGCAAAGCUGCGAAGAACAAAUCCCAGGUUCCAGCAUUUCUAGACAUCGUCGCUUUCUACAAACCAGAAUGCUUUUUAAUGGAAAACGUCAAGUCAUUCAUUACAGAGGAAGGUGGAAAGCACUUCUUUGGGGCGCUGCAGACAACAAAAGAAAUGGGGUACUAUUUCCGAUUCAUGGUCUUGCAGGCUGCCGAUUUUGGCGCACCACAACAGCGGCCAAGGUUUUUCCUAUUUGGCACGCUUGACAUCGGACGGUUGGCUGGUAAACCCAUUGCCACCCAUUUCUCUGGGCUCACGAUGACUAGUGUCAAAGCUGGCAAUCAUACUCUGUCAUUCGAGGACAAACAGGAGGCGUAUUUUCAGAAGGUUUCUGUGUUCCACGCCAUCGGGGAUUUGCCAGAUGUUGAGACACUUGAAAGCAGCAACAAGAGCUGCUACAAUGCAAUCACCUCUACUUUCCAAUCGAAGAUGAGAGUCGGCAGUGAAAAAUUGCGUAUGCAUAAACUGCCCACGUCCAUCAGUCCAGAGGACAAGAAGAGGAUGACGAUGAUUCCCCAGGGUUCAGAUUGGCGAUGCCUACCUCGGUACGAGGAUGAAGAGCGCUUCAAAGCCGGAAUGCCACUCGCUCCAAAGUCAUUGGUAAAAUCAGCACACUCAAAUGGUGAUUGGCGCGGAGCAUACGGAAGGCUGCAGUGGUCGGAUCUAUUCAUGACAGUUUUAACGAGGCCAUGCAUUGCUUCUAAGACUGGAAAAAUCAUUCAUCCUAUGUACCAUCGAACGCUGAGCCUCCGAGAGUAUGCCAGAGCCCAGACCUUUCCAGACAGAUUUAAAUUUAAAGGGGCAUUGACUCAAGUACAGAAGCAGGUUGGCUACCAUCAAAAUUCCAUUCCGUUCCAACACUGCAGAAUGCACCACCACUGGCUGGACAGCGCCUCCACUCCGGCCACAGCUUCCUAG